AUAUCCACUGUCUCCCUCGCACCAUCCAUGAUGCUUAAAACAUUGUUACGUAUACAUAACAAACAUUACUCAUUCCUCGCUCGACGUUCGCAAUUUGUCAUUCACAAUAAUAAUAACGCGUAUUAAAAGUGUUUCGUGAUAAUGGGAGUGGCGUGCCAAAUAUUGAUCGAUAGACCGAGUGAAGGAGUUCAUCGGCCUGGCGGACCCGUCUCCGGCGUCAUCAAGUACGCUGUAGACGUGCCUACAAAGUACGAACACGCCACAAUCUCGCUCAUGGGCCAGGCGUAUUGCUCGUGGCACGAAACCGAAGAUGACAAUUCCAGAACCAGGUACACGGGCACGGACAUAGUCAUAUGUAAAGUGGACAGUUUGCUGCCUAGAUACACAGAUACCCUACCGAUAGGCGCUUACGAGUAUAGGUUUGUGUACACCCUUCCGCACGACAUACCCUCAUCGUUCCAGCACGCGUGGGGUCACAUCAACUACGCGAUAAUCUUGGAAUUCAAGAAACAGGCCGUUCUCACACUGACAAAAGUCUUCAAACAGUACAUAGUCGUGCGCAGUUACUUAGAUCACGUGCGCCCGAUUCCCGACACACCGAUCACGUUCCAAAUGGAGAAGACAUUGUUCAAACCGCUGUCCUCAGGUAAUCAGAAGAUAAACUUAAAAGCCAGGAUUGCUAAGCCGUCUGUAAAACCGGGGGAGAGGGUGGACAUCAAACUAAUCAUAAACAACGACACAAGCGUGAACAUAAAGAGUAUAAAGGCAGAACUUGUAAGAAAGACUGUGUUCACAGCAGAUUGCUGGAAGUCCAGAGUAGCGGAGGAAACAGUAGAACAGUGUGGGGGAGAGACCGUGGGAGUAUCGGCGAAUAGUGUAGCGAACAUGACUAUCAGCGUGCCGAUUGUGACUUGGGAGUGCACCAUCCAAAACAGCAAGGUGAUCAACAACGUGUAUGAGAUCUUGAUGACCAUCAGACUGCCGAUGCCUCACUGCAACGCUAAAGUCUCGGUGCCGAUCCUGUUGGGCGAGCGGGAGCGGGAUCUGCCCCCCGUAGAGCAAGGCAUCGACAUCGCUAGGCUUAUGGAUGAGCAUACUCUGCCUCCGCCGUACAGGGAAAUCGAGGCAUGAAUUUGGCACCUGAUAGCAUUGGAAAUAUUGCAUUAAUACAAUAAUUUUACAUAUUUUUGUACAAUGAGAUCGUGAAUUCGACUCCGUUCGCCGGGCACACACCUCUGACUGUUCAGUUACUUUCAGUUGAGGAUAAACGUUGUGAGGUAGCAAUAUCUAAGACCUUACUUUAAAAUCUCCAAUGAUACGUAGUCUUCUCAACCGUAAAAAAAUUGGUGGUGUAUGAGAGACUUAAUAUUGCUUAUAAGUAAAGGAGCUUCCCCAAAAGUGGGGCACUAUAUUAUAAUACAGGGUUGAUAUCAUUAUUCAUACUAUUGUCAGUUUAUUUUUUUUACAGUAUUUUAGGAACGUAGGAUUAAGUUAUCUUUACAAAGAUUAUAAAAUGGAUAAUAUUAUAUUAGUUUGAUAAGUUUACCAAUACUACUGUUAAGUGAAGAUGGAAUCAAGAUGCUGGUAAUUGAAUGCAUCAUAUGUACGCAUAUAGUUUUAUUUAUACCGUUCCGAUGGCUAAGUUUUUUAUCAAAAAUAUAUUAUGUCAUCCAAAAUCUAAAGAAAAGGAAUUUUCAAAAUCUACGCAAUAAUUAUUAAGUUUUAACGCUUUAAAAUUUGGUGGAAGGGGUAGCUAUCAAAUAACAGUAAUAGCAAACAGUGACGUCACCGACUGUUACGGUGCGUACGUGAGAAAGAGAUAGCGUGAUAAACCCACCACACCUCUUUUAAUAUAAUAAUUUUGGUUCACAAAAAUAUUUCACGUAUGAAUAACGCCUUUAUUUUUCAACAAAUUUUGACGCUGAUUUCACAGAAGAAUUUCUUUAUAUUAUUUUUUUCUGCUACAUAUAAAAUAAUUUACAAAAUAAAACAUAAGGAACUACCCUACUCCCCUUUAAAUUUGUAUCGUAUCUUUAGAAAUGUCAAUACAUCCGCAAUACGGUUUACUAUUAGAGUGUACAUUCAUGUACUUGUUCCCGGCAAUCACUUAUUAUUAGGUAUUAGGUAAAUGAUUUGUGAAAUAUUAAUCCUGUCUACUUGGUACUAUACAAAUGAUGGAGUGAUUUUAAUUUCACUUUAAGAUAAACAUUUAAUUUUGUUCUGAUUUACAACUAAUUAUUUACUCUUUACUGCUUGAAUCGUUCUUAUAUCAAUGCUUAUGUGCUGUAAACGUUUUUUAUGAAUAUAAAUAAAUCAUUACGGUGUAUAAAUUA